AUGUCUUCCUAUAUUGCAAGAACUGAAAGAUCAGGAUCAAUUUUCUAUAGGAUAACAGGACUCUUAAGAUCUGGUCAAAUGAAAUGGAAAGAAAGACCAAUAUGGUAUGAUGUAUAUGCAGCACAUCCUCCGUAUCAUGAACCUAUGUGGGAUGCUAAAUUACCAAAACACGGAGAACCUGUUAGGCCAAUCUUUUAUCCUGAAGAUAUAGAGAGAGCCAAAAAGUUUCAAGAAGAAAAAAAGAAUAGAUCUUCUGUUCAAUUAAAAGAAGAUGUUUGA